CCCGCUCGCCGCCACCUCCCCCGCACCUCUCCCCCCGCCCCUUCCCGCCCUGACAUCAUGGCCACCACCAGCCCCUUCCCGGCGACCGAGCCGGAACUUGUCAAACUCCCGCUCCUCGCCAUCGAAAAGCGCUUCAUCAAUGACUGCAUCCGAGCCAUCUGCCACAGCAUCUUCCUUGCCCGGCACUUGGACCAGGUUCGCCCGAAGGACUUCCACGCAACGGACCCCGAUGCCGCAGGACUCGACGUUGUGUGGGCCGGUCCCGACAUCUUCGGCUCGUCCGAGGGCCCCGCUGCCGACUCCUCGAGCAAGUCCAUCCAGCACUUCUUCAACACCCUCAGCGAAUCCUUCAUCAAGGAAAUCCCCCAACGCUUGUCUCAGGUCCAGGUGACCUCACAGCCGCAGCCCACCUCCUCGGACGACAUCUAUAUCGACAUUUACGAUGUGACCAGCGUCCCGGCCGAUGCUCUGGGACAAUCGCCCGAUCGCGCUGCCGGGCCACCCCCCGGACGCCACCUCGAGCGGUGGGUUCUCCCCAUUCAACUUUUGACCGACUCCAGCCGCGGCCCGGUGGAGCUCUUCAACAUCGAAGCCCCGCGCCCCGGUGGAGGUGCUCUUCCCCCGCCCGACAACUCGCCCGGGGCGGUGGAUGCUCGCUUGAAGCUUGAGAACAUCCUCGCUCGGAUCGGCGCACACACCUUGGCCACGUCCAACUGGUGGGCUGACACCGGAUCCGUGCGCGUGGCCUUGGUGGUGGCCUUUAAGCCCAAAGAUCGCCUCAAUUUGUUCCGCUUCCCCCUUCCACUCCCCUUCAUGCGGUGAAGAGAAAAAGAAGAGAACAGGUCAGAGAAGCACAUUUAUUCUUGCCCCUCUGGGACAUCGGCCACAAUAAAGUACACACACAUGUCUCGCCAACGGAGCGACAACCACCCUCGCGGGUUGUUGAAAAGCCCAUCUCCUGGGAGACGCCCAUCGAGAGAGAGAGAGAGAGAGA